AUGCUGCUGUCGAACGUCCUCCAGCUACCCGUCCUGUUGGCCGCCGCUGCGUUGGCGCCAGCAGCUCUUGCCGAGCACACCAGCAACUGGGCUGUUCUCGUCGGUACCUCGCGCUUCUGGUUCAACUAUCGCCACAUGUCCAAUGUCUUGUCCAUCUACCGCACCGUCAAGCGACUAGGCAUCCCCGAUUCCCAGAUCAUUCUCAUGUUGCCCGACGACAUGGCCUGCAACCCCCGCAACGCCUUCCCGGGAACUGUCUACAGCAACUCUGACCGCGCCGUCGAUCUGUACGGCGACAACAUCGAGGUCGACUACCGAGGCUAUGAAGUCACCGUCGAGAACUUCAUUCGACUCAUGACUGAUCGUGUGGGCGCCGAGAUGCCUCGCAGUAAGCGUCUCUUGACCGAUGAGCGGAGCAACAUUCUGGUGUACAUGACAGGCCACGGCGGAAAUGAGUUCCUGAAGUUCCAGGAUGCCGAGGAAAUAGGCGCGUUCGACCUAGCAGACGCUUUCGAGCAAAUGUGGGAGAAGAAGAGAUACAAUGAGAUCCUCUUCAUGAUCGACACGUGCCAGGCCAACACAAUGUACAGCAAGCUCUACUCCCCGAACAUCAUCGCUACUGGCUCCUCCAAGCUUGACCAGUCAUCCUAUUCUCACCACGCCGACCAGGACGUCGGCGUCGCCGUCAUCGACCGCUUCACCUACUAUAACCUCGAGUUCCUCGAGACCAGGUCAAGGAUAUGA